CUUAAGACACUACGACGUUAGACCUGGUCCCAAGAGAGCCCCACUCUGUAGAGCAAGAGCGAAGACGGCAAGUCUUACUACUACCACUCGCGGACGCGCGAGACCACCUGGACGCGGCCGCAAGAGGGGCCCGCGCUGAAGGUCGUCCCGCAGGCAGAGAUGGAGGCUAUGGUGCAGGCUGGUCAAAUCCCCGGCGCGCAGAUGAACCCCAACCAGAUGGCCAACACCAACAUGAACAUGAUGCCGAAUGGCGUCAUGAACACCAAUUUUAUGAAUCAGCCGCCCCCGUGGAUCAAGGAGCAAGUGGACGCGGCUCUAGCGGCUAAGGAGAAGGAAGCGGCCAGCAGCGUUCUCGCCGCCGAAGCGGACGAAAUGCCUCCUGGGGAGGCGGCGCCCGGUACUAUGCCGCCCGGCAGUAUGGUGAACUACGCAGCCAUGGCAAGCCAGCAGGCCAUGGGACAGCCACCCAUGGCGGGUCCACCGGCCAUGGCAGGACAACCGCCCAUGGGACAACCGCCCAUGGGAGCGCAAGCUAUGCCGGGACAGCAGUACGGCCAGCCCGGCUACCCCGGCUGGCCUGGCUGGGGCGCGUGGCCCCCGCCGCUCGGGCCCCCCGGGUCGUUGGCCCCCGUUGCUCAGACUGCCCCUGGCGCGGCAACACAACUGCCGGCGGGCGGCGGGCUGCCGCCGCAGCUGGGCGUGCCGCCGGAACUAACUGGCGAGGCGCCGCCGCACAUGCCGCCGCCGCAUAAGGAGGAAGUGGUAAUCCCCACAAUCCCCCCGGAACUCAUAGCCUUAGCCGGGGAAUGGACGACGCACCGCGCGCCGGACGGUCGUCCUUACUACUUCAACAGCGACAAGCAGGAGAGCGUUUGGGAGAAGCCGCAGUGUAUGAAGGAUCUGGAAGAACUUCAAACCAAGAUCGCAUUGGCCAAGGGUGAGAGACCUCCAAGGAAGAAUAAGUUUGACCUCAACAUCGAUGAAAGUACACUAGAAGCGAUUCCGCCGCCAGUGAUCGACGUGGAUGCCCACGACGAAGCGGUGGCCGAAGCGGAGCGGAAAGCGGCAGCGGAGCGCGAGCGAGCGGAGAAGGAGAAAGCGGAGAGGGAGCAAGCGGAGCGCGAGCGAGCGGAGAAGGAGAAAGCGGAGAAAGAAAAAGCGGAGAAAGAGAAAGCUGAUAAAGAAAAAGCGAAGCAAGAUAAGAGUCGGCCGAUAUCCAGUACGCCUAUCUCCGGCACGCCUUGGUAAGUGUUUGUAUACUUAUUAGUGUGAAUCGUUUGGAAGCAUUUCAAUCGAAAGGUUAAGCUUUUUGAAUUAACAUUAACAUC